AUGUCUGCAUUUGGGAGUGCUACGGUAACCAAGGGGAAUCAAUCCAUUAACAGUAAUACAUUCAUGAACAAUAAUGAUCUGUUUGGUGAUCCACGAAGGAAUAAAAAGAAACCAUUCAAGAUGAAUGGUUCAACGAAUAGUUUUGCCAAUUCCAAUGCAUCUACAGAAGAUAGAACCAAACAAUCACGAAAUAAAAAUCUACUGAAACGAUUCAAUCACAAGAGGGAGAAAAGUGAAACGCCAUCGGGAAGUAUACGACCAACUAUGUCUUCUAAUAAAAUCCAAGUAUUUGACGAUCAAGAUGUUCAAAUAACCGGUCCAUUGUUUUUGAAUCCUGAAUCGUUGGGAUUUAGUAAUAGAAAGAUACAAGAUUCUGCUCGACCAGUACCGAAAUAUUUUUUGACGCAGCCUAAAUUAUUGCAUACACCAGAGUUUACACCUAAUCAAUGGGAUAAAGAGAAUCAAGAGAAGAUGACAAUAAUGGAAGUGCAAAAUCAAGGUAAAGACUAUCAAGGGUUAUAUGAAGAUAUGCAGAAAUUGAGAGAAAUUGAAAGAAGUAAAAUGGAAGAAUUGGGAUUAGUUGAUGCAGAAAAUUCUGCCAAAGAUUUAACUGAAGCAAUUUCAUUUCAAGGUUCAUGUCUAGACAUGUGUCCCGUGUUUGAAAGAGUUCGAAGACAAUUAGAAAAUAAUGUUAAAGCAUUGGAAAAGGAUCCAAUGACAAACAAAAUAUCGAGAGAAAGAGCAGUUAAAGCAUUUUCAAGACCUGCAGCUGGUCAACCACCACCAUUACCAUCCGAUGUUAGACCUCCAUUUGUAUUAAAGCAAACUUUAGAUUAUUUAGUAGACAACAUCUUACUGCAACUUCCAGAAGCCCAUUCAUUCAUUUGGGAUAGAACUAGAUCAAUUCGACAAGAUUUCACUUAUCAGAAUAGUUUUGGACCGGAAGCAAUCGAUUGUCACGAAAGAAUUGUUAGAAUUCACUUGCUAUCAUUGCAUAUUAUGGCUGGUGGAGAAGUUGAAUAUUCUCAGCAACAGGAAUUGGAACAAUUCAAUAAAGCGUUGCAGACAUUAAUGGAAAUAUACCAAGAUGUACGUACAAAUGGUGGAAGAGCUCCAAACGAAGCCGAAUUUAGAGCAUAUCAUUUAUUGAGUCAUAUUAGAGAUCCUGAUUUAGAAAGACAAAUACAGAAUUUACCAAACGAUGUCUAUCAAGAUUCAAAAGUACAAUUAGCAUUAAAAUUUAGAAAUAUCAUGACUCAGAAUAAUGUUGUUGAAAGAGGCGUAACCAAUCUUGUGGGAGCAUUGAAUUUGUAUAUUGAAUUUUUCCGACUUGUCUAUAGUGACGAGACUCCAUUGUUGAUGGCAUGUUUAUUAGAGACCCAUUUUAAUGAGGUCAGGUUUUAUGCAUUGAAAGCGAUGUCAAGAAGUUACCAUACAAAGACAAGACCUUAUUCUUUGACAAGAUUACAGGAAGUGUUGGGAUAUGAUUCACCAGAAAAGUUGAUCAAGUUUCUUAAUUAUUAUGAAAUCGAUACAGUGAAUGUAAAUGGGGAAAUCUGCGUGGAUUUGUUCAAUAAAGAUAAAUUGGAGAAGAAAUACAAAUUGAAUUCAUUUCUUGACAAAGCAAAAUAUUCACCACCUUAUUCCAGCCAGUUGGAUAGAAAAUACAACGGGCAAGAUUUGAAAUCGUUUGUUAAUAGUGGACGUCCUAAUAAUAUGACCAAAUUUGAUAAUCAACCAAUAGUUAUAAAACCCAAAUCAAUUUCAGUUGCUUUUCAACCGCCAAAGCUCCCAGCAACGAACCAAUUCCAGUCAAGUUUCACUUCAACUUCAACUUCAACUUCAACUUCAACUUCAACUGGAAAUGCAACUAUCAAACCUGGAUUAUUUAAACCACUUCAACAAACAGACAGUGGGAUCAAAACACAAACAUUUCAAUUUGCACCACCUCCUUCUGUGACACAAGCAAGUAACAAUAUUACAUUUCAAGAAAAGCCAAAAAGUGAACUUGCCACUGAACCUGUCGCUAAACCAUCAUUCCAAUUUACUCCUAAUGCACCAAUAUCAAACAAUCAAUUCAAUGUAGCUCCUUCACAACCAAAGGCUACUGCCCCAGCAGAUGAGAAACCAAAACCAAAGUUAAAUUUUGGAUUUUCAAAGUCGGUUGCAUUUGAACAGCCUUCGGAUCCAAAAAUUUCCGUGUCUCUUAAUCCUCCAGUAUCCAAGGAAGCAUUAAAACCUAUUUUGAAACUAGAUCAAAAGAUGACACCUACUCCAACUCCACCUCCACCUCCAGAUACCUUGCAAGCAUCGACAGUUAGAGUCCCAGCACCGCUACCACCACCAGCGAAGAAGAAGCUUACUGAGUUGUCAAAAUUUCCUCAAGCGCUUGAUCAAAUUUAUCAGACUAUAUUUCAACGCACUGUCAGUUCGGAGUUACAAGUUGUUUUGAGUAGAAUCUUUAAUGAUUUCCAUGCUGCCAAUGAAAGAAAAAGAAUUAUCAACUUAUUAGGAGAAGAAUUAUAUGAUGCAUUCUUCUCUGAUAUUGUGUAUGAGUUAACAUAUGAAGCUAAAGCGUAUCAGUUUUAUGUUUUGAAUUUAAAGAAAAGAUGUUUAAGAUCAAUUAUCAGAAACGGUAAAAAGGCAAUGAAAAAAUUCAAAGAGAAAAAUAUGAAAAUGGAAGAGUUAAGAUCUAUAAGUUUAAACAAAAAAAUGAAGAGAAGAAGUUCGGUAUCAAGUAUUGAUAGUAACACGUCGAUUAUGCUGGUCAAGAGAAGAAAACACAAUGAAAGUUUCAAUGAUAUUAGUUUGAUUAACGAAAAACAACAUGAAGUACAUGAAUUAUGGGCUCCAAUUGAUUUAAAGAAAUUUGUUGAUGAAUGUUCCCAAGAUUUACAUUUGAAAAUUAGUGAAGAAAACUUGGAUUUAAAUUUUGUUUUGGUUGUUGAAAAUUGGAGGUCACUGUAUUCCAAAUGGUUAAAUUCAAAGUUAAAUUUAAAAGCAAACAUGAGAUUACUGGUCUAUGAAAAUUUUAUCCAAAAUGAUAAGAUUGAUUUAAAUAUAACUAGCUUACCGGGGAAUAAUGAUUUGACUAAAGAUUUUUUUAACAAGUCAUCGUUUGUGUUAUUUGAAUGUGGAUUAACAUUACCAACAAACAUGUCUAUCGAAGACAAAUUGAAGAAAGAUGAAAGAGUAUUGAAUAAGAUUAUUUCAUUGGUUGAUAAGUACAGUUAUUAUAAAGCCCUGAUUAUUAUUACCUUCUGGGAUGUUUCUGAAUCAGGAAUAUCAAGUCAAGAUGUCGCAAAGCAUUUAAACUUGAGCAAGUAUACUUCGAUCUCCAAUUUACAAAACUUGGUGUUGUGUGAUAUGACAGUUAAAAAUGGCAAUAUCAACAGUAUUCUAUCACAAGCAUUAACCAAGGUCGCACAUGAUUUUACUGGUAAUUUAACUUCAAGAGGUAUUAAAAAUGAAGUCAAGCAGGACAGAUUGAGAAGAGCACUGCUGAAAGAAAUCUCAUCAACAAAUACUCCACAGAAUGAAAAAAUUGACAAACUAGAAUCCAAAUUGAUGGAGAAAGCAAAGAAUUUGAGGAAAUAUGAGUAUUUGAAUAAUCAUUUAAAUAACAAUAAUUCCAAAGGUUUCCACCAUCCAAGGAAUGUAUCUAUGAAUACUAAUAUGAAUAAGUCGUCCAUGAUAAAUUUCCUUGCAAAUAAGACUCUUUACACCAACCCCAAUAAUAGCUCAUUUUUAAAUUCAUCAAUCAUGACAAAUACUAAUGAUAGUGUGCUUAAGGGGUUUGGGACAGGAGUUAUUGAAGAAAGUACACCAUCUGCAUCACCUAAAAGUAAAAAGAGAAAAGCUGAAGGUAGCUCAAGUAGUUUAAGUCAAUUACAAGAGUUGACAGCCAGUAUUAAGAAGAGGUAUAAGAAAUAG